GGCAAAAAAAAAAAGAAAACAGAAAGAAAAAAGAAAAGAAAGAAAGUGAAGAGCGGCUGAAGCGAGCGAAAGAGGCUCCUCUCCAGCGAGCGAAAAAGGAGCAGGAAGGAGGGGGCUCGAGCCCGCAAGCCAUGUUCUGGAAGUUUGACCUCCACACGACCUCUCAUAUUGACACCCUCUUGGAGCGUGGCAACGUGACCCUUUUUGAACUUCUGGAUGAAGAGGAUGUGCUACAGGAAUGCAAGGUGGUCAACCGCAAGCUGGUGGACUUCCUGGUUCAGCCUGAGCACAUGGAAGCGCUGGUCACCUGCGUGACAGAGGAGCCUCCUGGGGAUGUGGAUGAGAGAGUACGCUACAAGUAUCCAAGUGUGUCGUGUGAGAUCCUGACAUCAGACGUCACCCAGAUAAACGACGCAUUGGGAGAGGACGAGUCUCUCUUGCGGCGCCUCUACGGCUUCCUGCAGACUGGAGGUAUCCUCAACCCGCUGCUGGCUAGCUUCUUCAGCAAGGUCAUGGGGAUUCUUAUCAACCGCAAGACUGAUCAGAUAGUUGCCUUCCUGCGCAAGAAGGACGAUUUUGUCAACCUGCUGCUAUGCCACAUCGGUACCUCGGCCAUCAUGGACCUCCUGUUGCGACUCCUUACCUGUGUGGAGCAGCCACAGCUCAGACAAGAUGUGUUCAAUUGGCUUAAUGAGGAGAAGAUUGUGCAGAGGCUCAUUGGGAUGAUCGACCCUUCAAAAGAUGACAAUCAGCAUUCCAAUGCUUCACAGUCCUUGUGUGACAUUAUCCGGCUGAGCCGUGAGCAGAUGAUCCCAAUCCAGGACAGUCCUGAGCCUGACCAGCUACUGGCUACACUGGAGAAGCAGGAGACGAUUGAGCAGCUGCUAAGCAAUAUGCUGGAUGGAGAACGGAGCGAGUCUGUCAUUGUCAAUGGGAUCCAGGUCUUGCUGACCCUGUUGGAGCCGCGCAGACCCAGGACAGAGCUGGGCGGCAUGGGGGGCUUUUACUGCAACCUGGAGGGGCAGAUGGAGAUGACCGGGCCCAACUGUGAAGUGGCUUCAAGCCAAGCCAGUCUGGGCACUCUGCUUGCCAUCAAACAGCGUCUCAGGGAGCUUCACCAGCUGCUGCUCGACCCACCAAAGAAAGAAUCCCUGCAGACAACGUGGGGGAUCUUGGACCCUCCGUUGGGCAACACGCGCCUGCACGUGGUGAAGCUGCUGGCCAGCUCAUUGGGCACCAACAAUGCAGCACUGCAGGAUGAGAUUAUAGAGCUCGGGGCCCUCGACACAAUGUUGGACCUCUACUUCAAGUACACAUACAACAACUUCUUGCACGCUCAGGUGGAGGCCUGCCUUAGCAAUGUUUUCAGUUCCCAUGCUGGGGAUGAGACCAUUGAGAACCACUCGGAGCCCCUCCCAGAGAACCCUGUCCUCCAUCAUUUGCUGCAGAAGUGUCGCUUAAUCCAAAGAAUCUUGUCUGCCUGGGAAGAAAAUGAGCUAUCACAGUCUGAUGGGGGAAGACGCAAGGGCUACAUGGGGCACCUUACCCGCAUUGCCAAUGCCUUAGCUCAAGCCUCAGAGAAGUGGCCCCACUCCACCCUUAUCAAGCAGCUCUUGAAAGAGCUGCCUGAGGAGGAACAGGAGCAGUGGGAGAAGUUUGUCUCAGGGCCCUUGUCGGAGACUAACAAGAAGAACACUGUGGAUCUUGUUAACAUGCACAAUCUCCACUCGUCAAGUGAUGAUGAUGAGAAUGACCUCAAGGAGUUCAGCUUCCCUCAGGAGGCUGUCCUGCAGCAGGCCUUUGUAGAUUACCAGCUGCAGCAGAUGACUUCAGCGUUCAUUGACCACUUUGGCUUUAACGAUGAGGAAUUUGGCGAGCAAGAAGAGAACGUCAAUGCUCACUUCCGACAGCUGAAAAGCGCUCCCUUUGACAAGACGGCCAACAUCACCUUCUCCUUGAAUGCUGACGACGACAGCCCCAAUUCCAACCUCUUCGACAUCUGCUACAAAGAGCGCAUCCAGCAGUUUGACGAUGACGACGAGGCUGACGGUUCUGACGGGGAGGACAUCUGGCAGGAGAAGGAGGCUGCUGUCUCUUCUGGUAUGGCACAGCCUGCCACAGUCAGCAGGAGCCUUGGCAGCACAGAUAGUGAGGACAGUGAAGAUUCGGAAGAGGGAGAAGGAGGCGAGGAGGAAGAUCCCGGUGGGGGAGAUGGAGAUGCCACACAUGUCAGCAACGGUUGCGGUGAACAGACGGAGGUGGAGAGAACAUUAGGAGAUCCUGACUGGGCAGAUAGCCCCUCUGAUCCUUCCUCGGAAUCUAUGGUGUCUUCGCAGCCUGUGACAGCUGACACAGGAGCAGCAGUGUGGGAUCGGCCCAACUCAGAUGCCUCCUGCCCCACCACAGAUAAGAACUGGGCCUCAUUUGCAGAACCCCAUAUACAGCAAGAGAGGCCCCCCAAAGCACUUGUGGACCCUGCUUCCCCUGCAGCCCCCCCUCAGGAAGCGACGCAAAGCAAUGUAUCCGCAGCAGGAGAAACCUCUAGUGUUCAACAGGAACCUCCCACUCCAGACACAGGCCCCCCAGAAGGGGGUGACCCACCAAAUCCCGUCACCAUGACAACAGUAGCCAGCAGCACAGUAGAGCCUCCCCCAACUACCUCUGAUUCCGCCCAGCCGCUCCAGGGGACAACAGAGACUCCGCAACCCCAGCACAGCAGCUCCCAACAGACAGAAGAGCAGCAGCAGCCGGCAACCAGAUAAAGCCUCUCCGUGGGUCUCGUCACUGGGGAAGGCCCACAGCUGCUUGCUCGAACAAGUCCAUUUUGCCAGGGACUGUCCCCAGUCCUUCCGGUGCCUUCACCCCUGUGGGCAGGUGGGGGGGUGGGCAGAAGAGAAAGCAGCAAGGGGCAGCGAAAGAGCCCAGCCUCUCCCCCUAUCCCACCCCGAGCAAUCACUGAAGAAACCAGGACCUGGUACCGACGAGCACCUGCGAGAGAAACGGAUGUGCGUUCCAAGCGCAAAAGCAUCUUCUUCCUCCUCCUGGCCCGUUGGUUGGCACAGCCCAGCAAGAGUGCCUCUCCCCCAGGAAUUCUGCAGGGCAAGGGGGGGAUCUGUCUCUCCUCCUUUGAGCUCUUUCCCCUACGACCCCGCCCUCCCAGUAUGCAUACAUACACACUGCUGCACUGAGCAAAACCUGUCUGUUUUGAUGCAAUUAAAUUUUAUGCUUAUAUCGUACCAGAGGUCUUCUGAUGGGGGGGGGCGGGUAACACUGAAUAGGGCGGGGAGGAAAAACACCACCAAGCAACAAUCUCGCCCCUGUUUUUGAGGGCUCUUCCUCUUCCUGACAGCCACACCUGCAAGCACAAGUCUGCCACAUCUCCUCUCUCCCCAGCCCCCUGUCUCCAAAUUUGCCCACAGGGUGGCAGGUCAGAUUAGCAUGGCAGAAUUAUCUCACAGGGCAAAGAAGGAUUGGGAAGUUGCCUAAAGCGGCUUCUCUGAAGACCACUGCCUCAAGUAGGUUUAGGAAGGGCUGUGAGGGGGGUGUGGUCGUGUGAGAGCGGCUGCGUUUGUCCUUUGCACGCUGGGAUGAAAUCCUGAUAUUUCUGCCCUCGUGACGCUUGUUUGAAGCUAAUAUCCAAGAGGAAGCAAUGGGUGGCCAAGGAGAGGGAGGCAGAGCCAGCUUUCCUUGUCUCCUGGCUGAAAAUAGUUGCUUCUGUUCCCCACCUGCCUCCCCAAACAUCACCAUCAGUUUGGGGUUCUUCAACCAGUGUACUCAGUAAAAAGGAUUUUUAGGAGAGAUGUUUGCGUACAACCAUGUGAAAUCUGGAUUGACCCUAAAGUUUCCAUCAUUUUGAUUCUCCUGCUGUCAACAUACGUCCACCAGCUCACUGAGAUUUAAGCUGGACCUCCUCCCAGUGGAUUUUGCCUUCCCCAUCACUUUCCUUCCAGCAUUGGUUUGUUUCCUUAUCACUGUUAAAGAGCUCCACAGGAAGUCCACAGUCUCUCCUGCAGAUCCAAGCAGCAGCAUGGUGGGGAGGGGAAGCGCGAUACCCUGUCAUAGCAUCUUCCCUCCCAUGGCAGUGGUUCUUGAAAAAAGACAUCGGGGGGGGGGGGGAAUGAUACCCAUGCCAGCAGCAUGUGUUCUAUAGUUGGUAUUUGGAAAUGAUCCUUAGCCCUAAGCAGCCCCAUUGUGAUUUCAGAAACCCCACCAGUCUCCAACAGGGAGUUUGUCCGUGAAUAUUGACUUGUCCUUCAGCUUCAUUGUGGCUAAUCGACAGACACCAACCGCACAUUAACAGAUAAAAGUUGACGGCUGCAUUUUGGCCCACGUCCUCGCUGCUCCUAACUGCAGCAACCACUGGAUCCAAAUAUUGCAAUCUUUUCCCUCGGGAGUCAUCAGAAACGUGGAGGGUUUCUUUCUCUGGGGUUAUGUGGUGGGAUUCACCUUGCAGAACUGCAGUAAGUGCAUUGUAGAAAAGUAACUUUAGAUCCCCAGUUUAUUCCCCCUGCAUCCCUGAAUCUGUUUGGGUUGUGUGGGUGGGGUUUUCUGCCCCCCUCCACCUACUUAAAACCAAAUUUUCCUGCCUCUUUGAGAGUUCUGGCUUAGAGUCCUGAACUUCACAACACAAAAGACCAAAAUGACCCUAGUAGAAUAUCCUAGGGACCUAUCUUGCAGCCUCCCCUUCUCCAUAAUCCUUGUUGCAAAGAGAAAUGCCCCCCUGCUUCCCAGUUACACUCCCUUGAAGGCCAAGGAGCUCUUAUUCUUACCCCAACCAGAUCCUGCUCCUCUUCACUUGGGGCUCCUAGAAACAGGAUUUUCCACCAAAGGCCUCAAAAUUACUGCUUUCUCUCUCUCUCUCUUCUGGCCUCCCAUCCAGCUGUUGACGUGCUUUGGACUUUUCUGUAGCUCCUUUUUAUAGUGUUUAAAGGAAAAACAAAAACUCACUGCCUCACCCUUGCCUCUGACUACAGAAUUGGGACAAGAGCAUUGCAAAAAAAAAGUUCAGCCAAGAACACCUUGAGAUUUGGAUGGGUACGUAACACCAGUGCCCCGUGGGGCUCGGUGUUUGUGUGUGGGGGUGGCAAUAAGAUCUAAUAUCAAGGUUUGUAGAGGUCUGAUUCGGGACAUUGAGCGUGGUAGGAAGCGAAGUCACGGUGGAGGGACCUUUCCCUUGCGUAAGCACUAAGCACCCUUCACCCCACCUCUUUACUUCCAGGUGGUCAGUAAAUUGUACCCUUUCCCCCAUCUCUCCCUUUCCUCUUUCUCCCACCCCCAUAUAAGUGGCAAUAUUUCUUGAAGCUCUUAAUCCACAAAGGACGGAAGUGGCCUUUCGCGUCGUCUGCGUCAUGCCAUGUUCAUGCCAUGUCAGUAAUUUCUUUUUUUUCUUUUUCCCUGUGUGUGUGUAUGUGUGUGUUCUGUUUGAAUAAAGAGAUUCUAUGGCCGU